AUGGACGCUCUUCGCCUUGCUUCCGUCGCCGACUGCUCGUUCCAGUCCUCCUUCCUCGCGCCUUCCUCCCAGGCCCUAAAAUCUCGUACGGGGGCUUCCACUGUCGCCGUCUCGCGCGGCGCCGCGCGUCCGUCGCCUACAGUCGCCUCUCAGUUCAACGACUCGCAGAAGCGUCGCUACGUCUCCCCGACCCGCCGCCCCGCUUCCGGCGCCGCCGCAGCCGCGCCGUCGUCUGGCGCGCUCUAUCCUACGCUCAUUGGCCCCGCCAGCUACGACACCGACGAUGAGGGCGCCGCCGCCGGGACGCCGACUUGCCCGUUUGAGGCGGACGCCGCCAGCCGCGUGAUCACGGUGGACGCGUGGGAGGAGUUCGAUUCGCUCCUGGCGGCGGCGUCCGCGCGAGGCCAGCUGGUCGUGGUGGAAACCACCUUGUCUUCCCUCCCCAACACCGCCAAGAACUACCCCAAGCUGCACCAAGUCGCACGCGUCGCACCCGGUCGCACGCUGUUCCUGCGACUCAUGGCCGAUCGCAGUGACGUCCUGCGCGACCUGGCGAAGUCGCUGGGCGUGAAGCAGAUUCCGUCGUACUCGAUUUUCAGAGACGGGCAGAUGGUGCACGAGGAGCCGGGGAUGGACGUGGAUCGGCUGCUGCUGCAGCUGCAGUAUUACAGCAGCAGCGGGAGCAACCUCGGGAUGAACGCGUCGGAUAGAUCCGAAGGCGGUAGCGUGUACAGCGGAAGCACGGACACGGAGCAGGACGGGUUGGUGCUGGAAAUAAACGGUCGCGAGGAUUUCUAUGAGCUGCUGCGCCGGCACGAGAAUGACGAUCGGCUCGUGGUGCUGAAGGCGACGCUGACUUUCUGUGGUCCGUGCGUGCGAAUUCAUCCGACGGUUGUGAAGCUUGCGCAGCGGAUGCCGGACACGGCGGUAUUUGCUCGCGUCUUUGGUGACAAUAACGAGUCGACUGUCACGCUCAUGAGGGAGAUGAAUAUUGUCGAGGCGCCUACGUUUUUGUUCUACAGGAGGGGGGAGCUGCUGGGGCGUUAUGUGGGCGUGUGCGGAAGCGGAGGGUCCGCAGUGCAGUCUUCCGCCAGUCCGCCAGGCGGAUGGAGGCAUCUGGGGAAGCAGGGGGACAGCGGAGAGGAGGAUUCCGACAAUGACCAUAGCGUGGACGUCACGCCGUGGGUCCGCAGCGUCGCCAGCGGGGUGGACCUGCUGCGCAACCCCAAGUACAACAAGGGCUUGGCCUUCACAGAGGAGGAGCGCGCUCGCCUGUACCUGAACGGGCUGCUGCCCGCCGGCUAUAUGAGCCAGGACCACCAGGUCGACCGGGUGCUGGCGAACCUAAAGGAAGCACAGUCGGACCUGCAGCGCUACGUGUUCCUCAUGGCGCUGCAGGAGCGCAACGAGCGGCUCUUCUACCGCGUGCUGGUGGACCAUGUUGAGCAGCUCAUGCCCAUCGUCUACACCCCUACAGUCGGCCUGGCGUGUGAGCGCUUUGGCCUGCUGUUCCGGCGGCCGCGAGGGCUCUUUGUGUCGCAGCGGGACCGCGGGCGGGUGAUGGAGCUGCUAAAAAACUGGCCGGAAAGACGUGUGCGGGCUAUUGUGGUCACUGACGGGGAGCGGGUGCUUGGGCUUGGAGACCUGGGAGUACAGGGCAUGGCGAUAGCCGUGGGAAAGUUGACGCUCUACACAGCGUGUGGAGGCAUUCACCCAGCAGAGUGUCUGCCUGUGACCAUCGACGUGGGCACCAACAACCAGGCUCUGCUAAAGGACCCCUUCUAUCCUGGGCUCAGGCAACCGCGUGCCACAGGAGAGGAGUACGACGAGCUGAUAGACGAGUUCAUGGAGGCGUGCAAGCAGCGGUUCGGGUCGGACGUGCUGAUUCAGUUUGAGGACUUUGCCAACCACAACGCCUUCCGCCUGCUCUUCCAGUACCGCGGCACUCACCUCGUCUUCAACGACGAUAUCCAGGGCACGGCAGCAGUGGCACUGGCAGGUCUGCUUGCCGCUCGACCGCUGCUCGGCUCAUCCCUCUCGAGCCAAACCAUCCUUUUCUUUGGGGCAGGGGAGGCCGGCACAGGCAUUGCUGAGCUGCUGGCCACCGCCAUCAGCAGAGAGGCGAACAUAUCGCUGGCAGAGGCCCGAGGCCGCAUCUGGCUCGUUGACUCCAAGGGUCUGGUGGUGCGCAGCAGAGUGGACUCGCUGCAGCCACACAAGGUGCCCUUCGCCCAUGACCACCCUGAGUCAGCUGAUCUCGUAGAGACCAUCCAUGCCAUACGGCCAACAGCGUUGAUAGGAGUGUCAGGGCAGGCAGGGACGUUCACCCAGCCCGUGUGUGAAGCCAUGGCCCAACUCAACGAGCGUCCUGUCGUCUUUGCUCUCUCCAACCCCACGUCGCUCUCUGAGUGCACAGCAGAGGAUGCUUACAAGUGGACCCAGGGUCGGGCCAUCUUCGCCAGUGGCAGCCCGUUUCCCCCGGUGGAGAUGGAUGGGAAGCGGUUCGUGCCCGGGCAGGGCAACAACGCGUAUGUGUUUCCGGGGAUCGGCCUCGGCUGUCUCAUGUGUGGCGCCACCAGGAUGAGAGACGAGAUGUUCCUCGCUGCUGCUGAGGCGCUCGCAGCACAGGUGAGCGACGACGACAGGGAGCAGGGGCGAGUGUACCCACCCAUCUGGAAGAUCCGACAGAUCUCAGCACACAUCGCCAAGGCCGUUGCUGCCAAGGCCUAUGACCUCGGCGUGGCGACGAACUUGCCCAAGCCACCUGACCUCCUGUCCUACGCCUUCAGCAAAAUGUACAACCCUCACUACAGAAGCUUCCGAUGA